AUGCAAGGUACCACGGCUUCUGGAUUCGUUGAUUUCUACGAAUCUAACAGGGAUAGCUUGCCUUCUACACCCAUCAACCCCUCCAUCAAGGUCAUUGCGCCUUGGCGUCUUUCUGAGCUCUACCAGCGUUUCCAGGGCCGCAACGACCUCCUCGACUAUGCUGCCGAGAAGGGCAUCCCGGUUACCUCCACCAAGGCCAAGCCCUACUCCAUGGACGACAACUUUGCCCACUGCUCCUACGGGGCUGGCAUACUCGAGGACCCCAAUGUCACCCCCCUGAAGGGCUUGUGGACCAAGACCGUCUCGCCCCUCAAGGCUCCGGAUGCUCUCUUGGACAUCACCAUCCACUUCGAAAAGGGCCUUCCCGUCAAGGUCGCUACCCCUGAGCAGACUGCGGCUAUUCCAGGAUAUAACAGCAAAACCGCAUUACGGUUGGCGUAG